GUAAGACUUCGAACGUCGCAUAUUUACUUUGCAUUGUAAGUUAUAAAACGGUUCCACAAUGAAGAAACUGAUAUCAAUCUGUACAGUCAGUCAUUGGUGGGGUCAGAGAGUAUAAAUAUAUUUAACAAGCAUCAUCAGCCACUAGUGAACAACGUAUUCUUCAAUGAUGAACAUCGACUUCCAAGGAAAACGUAUCCUCGUUACAGGUGCCGGUCGAGGCAUUGGCAAAGAGCUGGCUCUGCGUCUUUCGAAGCUCAAUGCCCAGGUGAUCGCUCUGUCCAAGACGAAGGAGAACCUGGAGAAACUGCAUGCCGAGGAUCCACGUAUCCAGACCGUGUGCGUGGAUCUUCUCGACUGGGCCGCGGCCAGAAAAGCCGUCCAAAGUGUCCUGCCCGUCGAUCUCCUGGUGAACAAUGCCGCUGUCGCCAUUCUUUCUCCGUUCUUGAAGGCCACCGAGGAAGACUUCGACUUGAGCUUCAACGCGAACGUUAAGACGAUCCUGAAUGUCUCCCAGGUGGUUGCCGGGGACAUGAUCAAAAGGAAAGUUAGCGGCAGUAUCGUGAAUGUAUCUUCGCAGGCCAGCCAGGCUGCUUUAAGGGACCAUUCCGUUUAUUGCGCCACCAAAGGAGCGGUGGACAUGUUGUCCAAGACGAUGGCUCUUGAGCUCGGGCCGCACAAUAUUCGAGUGAACACCGUGAACCCCACGGUGGUCAUGACGGAAAUGGGGAAAAUAGGGUGGAGCAACCCGGAGAAGGCGCAAACCAUGAUAAACAAGAUACCAUUGGGUCGUUUCGCCGAAGUGGACGAAGUUGUGGAUGCAAUUGUUUACCUCCUGAGCGAUCGAAGCUCCAUGAUCAGUGGAGUGCAAUUACCGGUCGACGGUGGAUUUUUGGCGACGUAGAUCACCGAUCGACGAACAUCGAAUCUCAUUUAUAGACUGAAAUUUCAGGAUUUUUUAUAUAUUCGAGCUUCUACCCAUAUAGAAAAGCGUAAAAGCGUUCAAUAAAAUUCU